AUGGCUUUGGAUCUUUCAAGUGUGAAUGACACUUCUUUCGAAGAAACUGGCUCAAAUACAACCUAUAAUUGUGUUUUCCUCUCUUCAGAAGUUAUUUCUUUCCCUGGGACUAAUGAUAUUCUCUUUUAUAUAUCUGAAAUAGGUCAUUUAAUUUUGGCAAACUUCUUCGUUGAACAUUCCAAUGGAAGUUACAUACUUAAAAAACUUCCACAUAUCAAAUUUUCACAUGAUUCAUCCGAUUUACCAACAAAUCUAUCUUUGGAUAAAAGUCUCUCAAACCAAGAAAAUGUAAUAUCACAAUUCUCAGUAAAUGAUUGUUCAAAUAUAUUGGAUUUAAACUUCCCUAGUAAAUUUGGACGUAUUGAGACAGAUAUACAGUCUUCAGCUUUGGAUUGCACAAAUGUUUCUCAUGUUCAAACAUGUUCACAACAGACAGUAGUUAAUUCAUCAUCUUUGAACGUACCAGAAUUAGAAAAUCCAGCUAAUUCUACCAUUCCCCGUCCACAAUGUGAAAACAGUCCAGCUAAUAUGAAUAAAAGUAAAAAUUCCUCGUCUCGCAUUUCACGAUCAAAAUUUUUAGGACAAAUCGUUUGUGAACUCUUGAACAAAAUGAAGAAUCGUAUGACGUCAUCAGAAAGUCAAGAAAUUAUCAUUCAAGGACAUAAUUUAACUGAACUGGAGCAUUUUGUUAAACGCUUGCGAGAGUUUCGUCUACAUUUAGGUCUUUCACAAGUUCAACUAGGUAUAGAGCUUUCAAAACAUUUUAACGAUAAAGCCUUAUGUAGUCAAACUCUUUUAUCAAGGUUUGAGAAGUUAAAUGUCACUGUUAGAUCUGCUUAUCGGCUUUUGCCCUACCUGAAACGUUGGAUUUCACAUGCUGAACAAAAUCAAUGUGGUAAAAUCACUAUUGAAAAAUUGUCCGUCUUUCAUCAUUCGAUUCCUGUACGUGCUGUAGGCAACUCCCGUUUAACUACAUUGGCUCGUUUAGGUCGUACCGAUUAUAAUCCUUCAUCCUCUUCUUCUUCAACUUCAUCUGUUUUAGCUCUCGUAAAAAAACAAGUAGUGAAAAAGUUUCAACCACCCAAAAUGCUUAUUCUAAAAGACCUUAGUGCAUAUCCAGUCAGUGUACAGAUAACAUAAGAGAACUAGUUUAAUUUGUAAAACUAAUGACAACGAAAUUUCACAAAUUAUAACAUCUAGACUACUUGCUAACGUGGUCAUUAAGUAUAAUUGGUUCUUGUUUAUCUAUUAAUGGAUACUUUACUUUGAGAAUACACGUUCAUUUUCCCAGUAUAUUUAUUUUCUAAGAUCGUCUUGAUAAAAUACAUAACUUUACACAUCAUAGGAUUUGAAAUAACUCAACUAUUUUAAUAGUUGAGAUCAUGAGUCAUUUGGAGCUAGACCACCAUGGAAAACCUGGAAGC